CCCCCGGCCUGCCCAAGUCCCCGGCCGGUCCCCACAGCCACCCGGCGCGACGCAGCGCUCCCACCCCCGGCCUCCGCCCGGCGCCGCUGUCCCGGUGCUUUGUUCGCGGCCGGCGCGGGUCGCAGGGCGCCGGGCGGGCGGGGCGGGCCCCCGUGGGGGAGGGGCAGCGCUGCCCGGCCCCGCCCCCGCCCCGCCCCCGCGCCGCCCGCGCUCCUGCCGCCUCCCGGGGCUGCGUCCCGUCCUGUCCAGUCCGGUCCCCGGCGCGGCCCGGCCCGCGCGCUCUCCCGGCCGCCUUCCGCCGUCUUCGGCUGCGCCAUGGCCAGCCUGCGGCCGUCCGGCCCGGCUCCGUUGCGGCCACUGCUGCUGCUCCUGGUGGUGGCCGCGCACACCCUGCCCAGCGCCGGCGGGACGUGCCCGGAGCGCGCGCUGGAGCGGCGCGAGGAGGAGGCGAACGUGGUGCUCACCGGCACGGUGGAGGAGAUCCUCAACGUGGACCCGGUGCAGCACACGUACUCCUGCAAGGUUCGGGUCUGGAGGUACUUGAAGGGCAAAGAUGUGGUGUCCCAGGAGAGCCUGCUGGACGGCGGCAACAAGGUAGUCAUUGGCGGCUUUGGAGACCCCCUCAUCUGUGACAACCAGGUGUCCACCGGGGACACCAGGAUCUUCUUUGUGAACCCAGCACCCCCCUACCUGUGGCCAGCCCAUAAGAAUGAGCUAAUGCUCAACUCUAGCCUCAUGCGGAUCACCCUGCGGAACCUGGAGGAGGUGGAGUUUUGUGUAGAAGACAAACCUGGGACCCACUUCACACCAGCACCUCCCAUGCCUCCUGACGCGUGCAGGGGAAUGCUGUGUGGCUUUGGCGCUGUGUGUGAGCCCAGUGCCGAGGACCCAGGCCGGGCCUCCUGCGUGUGCAAGAAGAGCGCCUGCCCUGCUGUCGUGGCGCCCGUGUGUGGCUCCGACGCCUCCACCUACAGCAGCGAGUGUGAGCUGCAGCGUGCCCAGUGCCACCUGCAGCGGCGCAUCCGUCUGCUGCGACGGGGGCCCUGUGGGUCCCGGGACCCCUGCUCCAACGUGACCUGCAGCUUUGGCAGCACCUGCGCACCCUCCGCCGACGGGCAGACCGCCUCCUGCCUGUGUCCCACCACCUGCCGUGGGGCCCCGGAGGGCACCGUGUGUGGCAGCGACGGCGUGGACUACCCCGGGGAGUGCCAGCUGCUGCGCCGGGCAUGCGCACGCCAGGAAAACAUCUUUAAGAAGUUUGACGGCCCCUGUGACCCCUGCCAGGGAGCCCUUGCUGACCUGAGCCGCAUCUGCCGCGUGAACCCGCGCACUCGGCGCCCCGAGAUGCUCCUGCGCCCAGAGAGUUGCCCUCCCCGGGGCUCACCUGUGUGCGGGGACGACGGGGUCACCUAUGCAAACGAUUGCGUCAUGGGCCACUCCGGGGCUGCCCGUGGCCUGCUCCUGCAGAGAGUGCGCUCUGGCCAGUGCCAGCCUCAAGACCAGUGCCCCGAGGCCUGCCAGUUUGGUGCCGUGUGCCUGUCCCGCCGUGGCCGCCCCCGCUGCUCCUGCGACCGCGUGACCUGUGAGGGGGCCUACAGACCCGUGUGCGCCCAGGACGGGCACACGUACGACAACGACUGCCGGCGCCAGCAGGCCGAGUGCCGGCGGCAGCGAGCCCUCCCUGCCAGGCACCAGGGCCCGUGUGACCAGGCUCCCUCCCCGUGCCGCGGGGUGCAGUGUGCAUUCGGGGCGACAUGCACCGUGAAGAACGGGGAGGCUGCAUGCGAGUGCCGGCAGGCCUGCUCCGGCGUCUACGACCCUGUGUGUGGCAGCGACGGCAUCACCUACGGCAGCACGUGCGAGCUGGAGGCCAUGGCCUGUGCCCUUGGGCGAGAUAUCCAGGUGGCCCGCAGAGGACCAUGUGACCCAUGCGGGCAGUGCCGUUUCGGAGCCCUGUGCGAGGCCGAGACCGGGCGCUGCGUGUGCCCCUCUGAGUGCGUGGCCUCAGCCCAACCCGUGUGCGGUUCUGACGGGCACACGUAUGCCAGUGAGUGUGAGCUGCACGUCCACGCCUGCACACACCAGAUCAGCCUGCACGUGGCGUCCGCCGGACACUGCCAGACCUGUGGAGACGCCGUGUGUGCCUUUGGGGCCGUGUGCUCGGCCGGGCGGUGCGUGUGUCCUCGGUGUGAGCGCCCUCCACUCGGCCCCGUGUGCGGCAGUGACGGCGUGACCUACCGCAGUGCCUGUGAGCUACGGGAGGCCGCCUGCCGACAGCAGAGACAGAUCGAGGAGGCCCGGGCCGGGCCCUGUGAGCAGGCCGAGUGUGGCUCAGGAGACGCAGGCUCCGGGGAGGACGGCGAGUGCGAGCAGGAGCGGUGCAGGCAGCGCGGCGGGGUGUGGGAUGAGGACUCCGAGGACGGACCGUGCGUCUGCGACUCCAGCUGCCAGGGUGUCCUCAGGAGCCCGGUCUGCGGCUCGGAUGGGGUCACCUACGGCAGCGAGUGUGACCUGAAGAGGGCCAGGUGCGAGUCACAGGGAGAGCUGUACAUCGCAGCUCAGGGACCCUGCCGUGGCCUCACCUUGGCCCCACUGUUGCCUGCAGCCCCUCCUCACUGUGCCCAGGCCCCCUACGGAUGCUGCCAGGAUAAUGUCACUGCUGCCCGGGGCGUGGGCCUGGCCGGCUGCCCUAGCACUUGCCAGUGCAACCCGCAUGGUUCCUACGGAGGCACCUGUGACCCAGCCACAGGCCAGUGUUCUUGCCGGCCAGGUGUGGGUGGCCUCAAGUGUGACCGAUGUGAGCCUGGUUUCUGGAACUUCCGUGGCAUUGUGACUGACAGCCGGAGCGGCUGCACUCCCUGCAGCUGUGACCCCUGGGGCGCCGUGCGGGACGACUGUGAGCAGAUGACUGGGCUGUGCUCCUGUAAGCCAGGCGUUGCUGGUCCUAAGUGUGGGCAGUGUCCCGAUGGCCGUGCCCUGGGCCCCACUGGCUGUGAAGCAGCUCCCUCGGCCCCGGUGACCUGUGCAGAGAUGCGCUGUGAGUUUGGUGCUUCCUGUAUAGAAGAGGCAGGUUCUGCCCGCUGCGUCUGCCCAGCCCUCACCUGCCCAGAGGCCAAUGCCACCAAGGUCUGCGGGUCAGAUGGCAUCACCUACGGCAGUGAGUGCCAGCUGAAGACCAUCGCCUGCCGCCAGGGCUUGGACAUCUCCACCCAGAGCCUCGGCCCUUGCCCGGAGGCUGUUGCUCCUGGCGCUCACCCGACAUCCAGGUCCACCACAGCCACGGGGCACUUGCCAAGCAAGCCUCUGCUGCCCCCACCCAGCGUCCUCCCCGUGGCUCCCAGCAGCACCCCCCAAAGCCAGCCCACCCCUCCAGCCAUGUUACGACCUCGGACUACCGCCAGCAUCCCCAAGACCGGCUCUCGGCCCGCGCUGACCAUGCCACCCACAGCGUCCUCCACUGCAGCCAGCCUUGCCACGUCUGCCUUCGGGGAGUCCGGCAGCACUGACGGGAGUGGUGAUGAGGAACUAAGCGGGGACCAGGAGGCCAGUGGGGGAGGUUCUGGGGGACUGGAGCUCCCCAUGGACAGCAGCGUGGUGACACAUGGGCCACCCAUUGAGAGGGCUUCCUGCUACAACUCUCCUUUGGGCUGCUGUUCAGAUGGCAAGACACCCUCACUGGAUGCAGAGGGCUCCAACUGUCCUGCCACCAAGGCAUACCAGGGCGUGCUGGAGCUGGAGGGGGUCGAGGGGCAGGAGCUGUUCUACACACCUGAAAUGGCCGACCCCAAGUCAGAGCUGUUUGGGGAGACCGCCAGGAGCAUCGAGAGCACCCUGGACGACCUGUUUCGGAACUCAGAUGUCAAAAAGGACUUCCGGAGUGUCCACCUGCGGGACCUGGGGCCUGGCAGAUCUGUCCGUGCCAUUGUGGAUGUGCACUUUGACCCCACCACAGCCUUCAGGGCCCAGGAUGUGGGCCGGGCCCUGCUCCGCCAGAUCCAGGUGUCCAGGCGCCGGGCCCUGGUGGUAAGGAGGCCUCUGCAGGAACAUGUGCGAUUCAUGGACUUUGACUGGUUUCCUGCAUUCAUGGGGGCCACAACAGGAGCCACCGCUGCUGUGGCCACAGCCAGAGCUACCACUGUGGGCCGACCACCUUCCUCAGUGACCCCUCGGGCCUACCCCAGUCACACCAGCAGGCCCACUGGAAGGACCACAGCACCCCCACACACACACCGGCCUCCCACCACAGCUCCUGGCCAUAUUGCCGGACACUGGCCUUUGUUCCUCAGUCCCCAGCAGCACCCAAGGUCCUGCGACUCUCAGCCCUGCCUGCAUGGGGGGACCUGUCAGGACCAGGACUCUGGCAGGGGCUUCACCUGCAGCUGCCCAGCAGGCAGGGGAGGCACCUUCUGUGAGGAUGUGCUACACUCCUCUGUCUCUGUGCCCGCCUUUGCGGGCAGCUCCUUCCUGGCCUUCCCCACUCUCCGUGCAUACCACACGCUGCGCCUGGCACUGGAAUUCCGGGCGCUGGAGCCUCAGGGUCUGCUGCUUUACAAUGGCAACGCGCGGGGCAAGGACUUCCUGGCGCUGGCGCUAGUGGGUGGGCGUGUGCAGCUCAGGUUUGACACAGGCUCUGGACCAGCAGUGCUGACCAGCUCAGUACCUGUGGAACCAGGCCGGUGGCACCGCCUCGAGCUAUCACGGCACUGGCGCCAAGGCACACUGUCUGUGGAUGGUGAGGCCCCUGUUCUGGGGGAGAGCCCCAGUGGAACGGAUGGCCUCAACCUGGAUACCGACCUCUUUGUGGGCGGAGUCCCAGAGGACCAGGCUGACGUGGCCCGUGAGCGGACCUCUGUUGGCGUGGGUCUGAAGGGCUGCAUCCGCCUGCUGGAUGUCAACAACCAGCGCCUGCAGCUCGGCCUCUGGCAGGGGGUUGUGUCCCGAAGUUCCAGCGUGGGAGAGUGUGGAGAGCACCCCUGCCUGCCCAGCCCCUGCCGUGGUGGGGCGCCAUGCCAGGCCCUGGAAGCCGGCAUGUUCCACUGCCAGUGUCCACCUGGCCGCUUUGGCCCAACCUGUGCAGAAGAGAAGAGCCCCUGCCAGCCAAACCCCUGCCAUGGUACAGCCUCCUGCCGUGUGCUGCCCACGGGCGGAGCCCAGUGCGAGUGUCCCCCGGGGCGUGGAGGCACCCUCUGCCAGACAGUGUCUGAGAGGGAUGGUAGUGCCCAGCCCUUCCUGGUGGACUUCAGUGGCUUUUCCUACCUGGAGCUGAGAGGCUUACACACCUUCGAAAGAGACCUGGGGGAGAAGAUGGCUCUGGAGGUGGUGUUCCUGGCCCGAGGCCCCAGCGGCUUGCUCCUGUACAACGGGCAAAAGACAGAUGGCAAGGGGGACUUUGUGUCAUUGGCCCUGCAUGACCAGCACCUGGAAUUCCGCUAUGACCUGGGCAAAGGGGCCGCGGUCAUCAGGAGCAAGGAGCCCAUAGCCCUAGGCACCUGGACCAGGGUCUUGGUGGAGAGAAAUGGCCGCAAGGGUGCCCUGCGUGUGGGUGAUGGGCCCCGCGUGCUGGGGGAGUCCCCGAAAUCCCGCAAGGUGCCACACAGUAUGCUCAACCUGAAGGAGCCACUCUACGUCGGGGGUGCCCCCGACUUCAGCAAGCUUGCUCGGGCAGCGGCAGCAUCCUCGGGCUUCGACGGUGCCAUUCAGCUGGUCUCCUUGGGAGGCCGCCAGCUGCUGGCCCAGGAGCACGUGCUGCGUUCGGUGGACGUCUCACCCUUUGUAGACCACCCUUGUACCCAGGCCUCGGGCCACCCCUGCCUCCACGGCGCUGCCUGUCUCCCGAAGGAAGCCGCCUACACGUGCCUGUGCCCCGCGGGCUUCUCGGGGCUGCACUGCGAGCAGGGGCUGGUCGAGAAGGCCGCAGGGGACCUGGAGGCACUGGCCUUUGAUGGGAGGACCUACAUCGAGUACCUCAACGCUGUAACUGAGAGCCCCGAAACUCCGGAUUCCGGGGCCCUAAGCAGCGAAAAAGCACUGCAGACCAACCAUUUCGAACUGAGCCUGCGCACGGAGGCCACGCAGGGGCUGGUGCUGUGGAGUGGCAAGGCCACUGAGCGGGCAGACUACAUGGCACUAGCCAUCGUGGAUGGACACCUGCAGCUGGCCUAUGACCUGGGCUCUCAGCCUGUGGUCCUGCGCUCCACUGUGAGGGUCAACACCAACCGCUGGUUGCGAGUCAGGGCUCACAGGGAGCAGAGAGAAGGGUCCCUUCAGGUGGGCAACGAGGCCCCUGUGACUGGCUCCUCCCCACUGGGUGCCACACAACUGGACACAGAUGGAGCCCUUUGGCUGGGAGGCCUGCAGAAGCUGCCUGUGGGCCAGGCCCUGCCAAAGGCCUAUGGAACAGGUUUUGUGGGCUGCCUGCGGGAUGUGGUGGUGGGCCGGCGUCCACUGCACCUGCUGGAGGAUGCCCUUGCCAAGCCAGAGCUGCGGCCCUGUCCCACCUCCUAAACUGACACCAGAGACUUCCACCCACCCUACUGUAAUUAUUUUCUAUUUUUGUAAACGUGUUGGUUUUUGAUAUGAUUUUCUUGCCUGUGUGUUGGCCAGAGAAACCACUGGCCUAUCCUCCCUUCCGUCCAGGCAGCUGGACUGCAGAGACAAACUGGUGCCAGUGGGUGUGCAGCUCUGGACAUGCCCCUCUCUUGAGGCACCACACCAACCUCUGCACUGUGUCCCUGCGUGUCUGCCCCACUGUCCCUUCUGUUCCCUGGUCCACCGGCAGCCCCUACUGCCCCAUGUCACCCCUGCCACACUGGAAAAAGCCUGUGUCCCAGAGCAAGAGGGGGCUGCUGAGGCCUGAGGGGCCCUUCCACUGAGCACACCCUGUGGGACCUUCCUAGGUCCUUCCUAAGCUGCUGUCCUUCCUGUGUGCUUUGGGCAGCCUCACCCAGGCUAGCCCAGACCCCAGGCUCCCGUGCCAGUACUGUGACUUAGAAAUGGUGUCGCCAUUGGUAUCAGGCUCUGCCCACAGACAUGGCCAUCCCUCCCCAACUCCAGGCCCCGUGAGCAGCCCCUGAGAGGGAAUGGACCACUGGACGUGAUGUGGUUGACCUCCAUUGCCUGUGUCUUCCUGUAGGGUGAUGGAUGUCCAGGUCUGACCACCAAACAUGUUCUUGGAGCAUUGGUUUUAUUUGGUGCCCAGAGCAGAAGAGCUGUUUUUUCUUUCCUGUCCUGACCCCAGGGCAUUUAAGGGCUACUCCCAGCUGCCUCAUCAGUGCCAGUGUGAGAAGUGGUCAUAUUUAUCUGAGAAUGACCAGGGACUGGCCAGCGUCUGAGCAAGGCCAAAGUGCAGGUGCAGGGGCAGAGGUGGCCACAGAGCCAGAAAUGCCUUAAACUGCAACGUCCUGUCCCCUGCUCCCUGCCUGGAUGCCCUUCCCAGAUAACAGUGGUGGGGUAGCAGCCUGGCCAUCCUCGGCUGGGGGAGGGCCUGCGGGGAGCAGCACUGGUGUACCCUUACUAACUCCAGUAUGUGUUCAUGUCAAGCACCGUGAAAUAAAGUCUGGA